CUGAUAAGGUUGCACCAGACAGCCAGUUACAGUGGAGCGAAGGAGAGGAGACAAGUGAGUGAGCGGAGCUGUAUCCUCUCUGAGGUCCCGACAGUGCGAUCCUGCUGCAGCUUCUGUCUGUCACUGACUGACUGAUCCAACACAGAUAAUGUCAUCAGAACACCUGGCCUGUGGUUGGCUGCAGCAGCUGCUCAUUGUGCUUUUGAAGCUUUGCCUCACUUUUGCUGGGCCUCUGCGACCACUCAAUGGGACAGAAUGCACAGCCAAGGGUCCUGCUUCCUACAUCCUGGUCUUUACUGGUCACUGGAGCCCGCAGGCCUUCCCAAAGCAGUAUCCGCUGUUCCGGCCCCCUGCACAGUGGUCCAAAUUCCUAGCGGUGAGCCAUAAUCGCCAUUUUCGUCUGUGGGAGGAGGGAGCUCCAGCCAGUGCAGGGGUGCAGAACUUUGCUGAAAUCGGGGUCACGGUGGAGCUAAUGAAGGCAGCCAAAGAGGCAAGAAAGAGACGCACGGUUGGCGCCAUGUACCGAACAGCCGGCAUCCCUAAUGGCAUCGGGCACAGCUCCACCGAGCUGCUCAUGCAGCCCCGGAGCUCACUGCUGUCUCUGAUGGUGAAGAUGAUCCCCAGCCCUGACUGGUUUGUUGGUGUGGACAGCCUCAACCUUUGCGAAGGCAGCCAGUGGAAACAGGAAGUGACCAUUGACCUCCAACCUUAUGAUGCGGGGACAGACAGUGGAUUCACUUUCUCCUCUCCCAACUUCCCCAGCAGCCCCCGAGAAAACAUCACAAAGAUCACGUCUCAGAUGCCAAACCACCCAGCCAACUCCUUCUACUACCCACGUCUAAAGGAGCUUCCACCAAUCGCCAGCAUAAAGAUCAUGAGGCAGAGCAGAUCACCUGACCGUCAGACCCCCAUGUCUAAUCAUAUUCUGCCAAACUCUAUCAAUCAUCAGCACUUCUCAGCGACACCACUGGACUGCGAAGUGUCUCUCUGGUCAUCCUGGGGUUUGUGUCUGGGUCCCUGCUCCAAAGGCGGUGUUCGUCACCGCACACGCUACAUCCUCUUGCGGCCGGCCAAUGCUGGCGUCCCUUGCCCUGAGCUGGAGGAACAGGCUGAAUGCGUACCACACAGCUGUAUGAAACUCCAGUAGCCUACUGAGCACACAAGCGCAGAUGCUGCCAGUAUUCAACACUGGGACUCGUGUUAUUACUGCUGGACUGAGAAAUGCUGCUGCAUCUUGAGCAUUUCCUUGAUAAUGCAAAGGAUUUUGGUCUUUGUCUCAGCCAAAUUGUGGAAAAAUAAGACUUGCUGCAUUACCUGUGCAGCCCAUUAGUUUUAGUGUAUACACUCCUUCAGGGUGUACUUUAACAGCAAGAAAGGGAUAAUGAAGUGUAGCAGAGUGUUGGAGAAGUUUGUGUUGAGGUAAAAAGUGAUUUUUAUAUUGAGAGGGAGAUGCAUGACAAUGUGUCCCCUCAAAGUCCUGUAUGAGAACAGUUCAUAAUCACCCACACAUGCAUUUAAACUGCACACUGAUCACUGCACACCAGAGUUACAAAUGCACACACUCUUACAUGUAGGCAACACAAAAUUCCUUACACAUUCUGCAUACUUUUACGGCAUGGAGGCAUUAGUUUAAAUAGGUAACCUAUACACGCUUGGCACAUGCAGCUCUUUCAAAAUAACCUCACACCCCGAUUUAUAAAUAUCACCUUUCACAAGAAACGACUAAUGGCUGACUUGAAACUUAGAGCCAGUCUACAGUAGCUGGCCUAUUUUAUAACAAGAUGCAGGUUUUUAUAGAAAGAAAGAAUUAAUAUUUGUAUUAUGAUCUCUUUUGAUAUUUUAAUGUUGAGAUUUUGUAUAUACUGUAUGAUGUAUCUUGUAUAACUCAUGA